GACUUCACACUUUGUAUCGGGGUUCACUAAAAAAUAGAGGCUGCUGUUAAUAUUUUAAUUAUUAUUUAUUACAAGAAUGUUAGGUUUAGAAAUUUCUUAUGUGAAAUGUGAAUCCCACACCCCUUUGCAGACUGUCUGCGCACGCCAAUGAUUCAUAUUAGAUUAUAAUACGAGUAUAAUGAUAUAAAAUUGCAGUACAAACAAUUUAAUUAUGAGAAGGGAUACCAUUUUAACUGAAGGCUGUAUAUUAAAAUCGUUCUGAGCAUAUCCGUACCGUUCGACUGGACUGCGAGUUGGGAUUAAUUUUUAAUUAUUAUUGGCAUUUUACUUGCAACACGGAGGGAAGUCGGAACUUUUCAUCAAUAUUAUGUUGAAUACUAGCAGAUUUUUCCGUAGUUUUAGCAGUAACACAGCUGCUAUUACCAAAAUUCAUCGGAAUAUUUAUCCACAACACUAUUACACUAAAAUUGUUCAGCCUGAUGGAUCCAGUUUUACUGUUAGAUUCAUUGACCCUCGUAUAAUUAUCAAAUUACCUUUAGACAUGAACUCAAUUACUGAAGAGGAACGUAAACGUAGACUUGAAGCAAGAAAACCAAAAAAAAAAGUGAAAAUUGUAGAGGAAUUAGAUGACUCAUUUGACAGGACUAAAUACCUUAAGUACUUUAAAAAGUGAAAAUUACCUAACAAUGAUUUUUAAUAUACGUGUUGUAAGGAUUACCAUGUACAUUUGAUGUAGAAUGUUCAUAAUACACAUAAUUUUUGAAAUAAAAUACAAGUUAUUAGUAA